AAGAUGGCGCCUGGAUGAAUUAUGAUACCUUUUAUUUAUUUUUUAAUAAAGAUUUUCCGGUUUAAGUAAAGUGGAAUAUUACCAUGAUAAGAACAAAGAAGAGAUAGGGACACGUAGGCAACUAAACGCUAACCAAUUCAGUGGUAAAACUCCUACAUUUUCCUUCAUCUUAAAGCUUAUUUGAAGGCACACCUAGCUUAAGAGCAUGAAGUCCAGCCUUGGCCUGUUGCUUUCCCCAUCAGUGGAUCAUGUUUUGUUCAGCGUGUUAGGCAUCAGUGUUUCUCUUUACGCAUUGUAUAUUGAGGUCAGGAAAUCAAAGGACAAGAAUUACAAGGCAGCUUGUGACCUAAGUGAGAGUAUGAGCUGUUCCAGAGUGCUCACAUCUAAGUAUAGCAAAGGCUUUGGGAUGGUUGAGUUGCUGCUUGGAAAGGAACAUUUUUUGAACUUGCCUAAUUGUAUACUUGGAAUUGUGUUCUACUCGCUUCAACUAUUAUUAGGCAUGAUUCACUCAAGCCUUGCAGUCAACCUCUUGUUUUUCACUUCCAUCCUGUCAUGUCUUGGGUCUGUAUAUCUUGCCAUUGUUCUUUUUGUCAUCCUCAAAGAUGUGUGUCUUGUGUGCAUGGCUACUUACAUCAUCAAUGGUAUUUUAUUGUUUUUGAACUACCAACAAUACAUGUAUGCUACAUCCUCAUAGGGAAAUUAUUCACAUUCAUUUAGCAGAAUAUAUUGAUAAUGAAAUAAACUCUCAUGUAUGUAAGAUCAGGUUACCUCCUGGGGGGGGGGGG